GUGACACCCUUCGAGCUGCACCGCUGCCUUGCCCAUGUCUCGCUCAAGGCCGCAAAGGAGCUCAUCGAGGCGGGCUGGGCCACGGGCAUCGGGUUGCUCAAGGGCGACAACAACGACACCUGCGAGGUGUGCAUGCGGUCAAAAAUCACGCGCAAGGCGAUCCCCGGUGAGGCGCAUCCGGCCGUACACGACAUGGAGAUCACGAAGUAUGGGGAGAAGCUCCACUCCGAUACCUGG